AUGAACCGAGUCCAGUCCCUGCAGGCCAAGGCUAGGGCAGCGCUGACGUCGGAUAAGGACAUGUACCUUGACAACAGCUCCAUUGAAGAUGCCUCCGGCGUGUAUCCCAUCGACGAUGAUGACUAUGCCUCUGCGUCAGGCUCGGGAGCCGACGAGGACAUGGAGAGUCCCGAGCCGACCACAUCUCGACCGCUUGCGAAGGUGCCGUUCACCAGCACCGCUCCACAGGCGGAGGCCUCGACGCCGAAGGUGCAGACCAAGAUGCCCGCCGGGACAAAGUCACCUGAAGAAAUUGAUAAAGAGAAAGUUCACUACUCGGACUCGGAGAGAAAAACGGACCCAGAUGAAGAGGGUACAGAUGUAUAUACUGAGAAGCACCCAGACAACCUGUUUAAAAGAACAGAAGUCCUGGCAGCUGUGAUCGCGGGCGGGGUCAUCGGCUUCCUCUUCGCCAUUUUCCUCAUCUUGCUGCUGGUGUAUCGCAUGAGGAAGAAGGACGAGGGCAGCUACGACCUGGGCGAGCGCAAGCCGUCGAGCGCGGCCUACCAGAAGGCGCCCACCAAGGAGUUCUACGCCUGAGCCCCCGCGAGUCUCUAUUUAUGAGAUGGCCGAACUUUCAGAAAUAAAGCUUUUGCAUAGAAUAAUGAAGAUCUUUUUUGUUUUUCUGGGUUGUUUUUUGUUUGUUUGUUUUUAUUAAAGAGCCAUUCUGGCCCUUUAAUGAGAAAAUCCCAUUGUAUUUAAAACUCUCCAUGUAUUUCUUUAGAACAACGUAAAAUUAAAACUUAACAUCGGCAGUGUUCUGUGAAUAGCAGUGGCAAGACACGAUGUGAUGAAAAUGCUCGAUGUUCAUGGAGUCGGUUUAAACGUCUAUGUGCAAAUACGAGAUGAUUGUUUUUGUUCAAUGGUUCCAAGACGAGAGCUGUUUAGUUUGUGUCGGCAUGUCUCCCACUGACCUGACCGAGUCGGUCUCACUUUGUUAAUUUAUCUGUUGUUCCCUUCUCGGCUCUCCCCUCGUGUCCCCUGGAAAACAAAACAGAACUCUAUGCCUUUUGUAGCUGUUACGGUGCAGUUCGUCUUUGGAUAAUUCAGAUAAUGGUAAUUUAGUGUAUAUGUGAUUUUCAAAUCUGUAAACUUCAGCCUCCUUUGUAUAAAUUUUUAAGUGUCAGACUAUCCAUUUUACACUUUGUUUUUUCAUGACCUGUAGCUUCAGGCAGAUUCGCAACAGCAAAUUAAUGUGUAAAAUUGGAUUAUUACCAGAAAACUGUUCAGUCGUAUCUGAUCCGAUCUUCUUAUGGAAGGAUUUGAUGUGAGUUACUGACAAGCCUCAGCAAACCCAAAGAUGCUAACAGUGUUUUGAGAAGUUGCUGCAGAUUUCUUUGGCCACUGUAUUUGUUAAUUUCUUGCAAUCUGAAGGUAUGAGUAGGAGUUUAAGGAAAACAAUCAGUUUUUGUUCUUAAAAAAAUGCAUUUAAGUUGUAAACGUCUUUUUAAGCCUUUAAAGUGCCUAUGAUUCUAUGUAACUCGUCACAGACUGGUGUUCGUGAGUAUAUAUAACAGUUAAAAAAAAGUUGGUAUUUUAUAAGCACAGACAAUUCUAAUGGUAACUUUUUUGUAGACUUAUGAAUAGACAUAAAUUGUAAUUUGGGAACAUAAAAACUACUGAAUAAAUCAUGUGGCCUAAUAAUGGAAAA